CUUGCUUUUCCUAGAGUAGUUAGACGGCUUUCCGCCAUAGCAAAUAUGAUAAUUUACAGAACAAAGAUGGAAAGUCCGAUGGGUUCAGAGCAAUACGAUUCCAAGUCUAAUUACCAGAAGGUGGGUGCCGAAUCGCCGAGACCGCCGUCUAAUGGGGUAGGUUUUGAUUUCGGCGGCAGUGACAGAAGAUUCGCGUCAAGCAUCGUUUCACCAAUCUAACAGUCUAUCGAAGCCUCUGCUGACGCGUAACGUUUCGAGCAUCGAUAUACCGGAUAUUUACUCUCGAGAUUCGCCCUACGUAUUGUCCCAGGAAUCAAAUAUCUCUGACGAGAAAUUUUCCGUUUCUUCUCUUCUUUCAGCAGUUUUAAGAGGCGUCUUAUCGGGGAACAAGCCGAUGAGGAGGUUGUUUGUGUUGAUUUCACUUAAUGUAGCUUAUUCUACAGUGGAGUUAUGUCUUGGGCUUUUUUCAGGCCGAGUAGGUCUGGUCUCAGACGCAUUUCACUUGACAUUUGGCUGUGGCCUCUUAACAUUUUCAUUGUUUGCAAUGGCUAUUUCUAGGAGAAAGCCUGAUGGAACCUACACAUAUGGCAGUCAGCCCAUGCAAUUUUCGACGCGUUUUUCAUCAUGGAUCAUCCGGACACAGUCUCUCUGUGCUUUAGUACAGAGUUAAGGUUGCGUACAUCUGACCCCUAUACCCCACCGUAGGUUGGAGCCUUUGCGGCAUUGGGGUACAAGAGAUUAGAAGUUUUGUCUGCUUUCACAAAUGCUACAGCUCUUUCUAUUGUUUUUGUCAUUCUCCUUAGCUGUUGAAGCAUUUCAUGCAUUCAUACAAGAUGAAUCCGAGCACAGGCAUUAUUUGAUUGUUUCUGCUGUUACCAACUUGCUGGUGAAUCUCAUUGGUGUCUGGUUCUUUAGAAACUAUGCUCGCAUUAAUCUUGUUUACAGGAAGGCGGAAGAUAUGAAUAACCAUUCAGUUUGUUUGCAUGUGAUAGCUGAUUCCAUCCGGAGCUACAUGAUUGUGCUGACCAGCUCUUUAGAGUUUAGUUCUCUUGUGACGAAUUAUAAGAGCUAAAUCUCUUAGGUUCAUUCUUUUGCAGUGCAGGGUGAAAAACGCUGAAGUUCUUUGUCUGGGAAUAGUUUCAGCUGCGAUUUUUAUGGUUGUCAUGCUACAGGAGGAGUUCUUCUCCAAAUGGCACCUUCGUACAUCACUUCUUCUGCGUUGAACAAGUGCCGGAGACAGGUUACCUCUCGUCAAGAUGUUUCAGAAAUCUUUCAAGCCCGUGUAUGGGAAAUGGUGCCUGGCCAUGCCAUUGGAUCAAUUUCACUGCAGAUGAAGAAGGGGAUGGAUGAUCGGGCAGUGCUCCAAUAUGUUCGCUACUUAUACCAUGAUCUUGGGGUCCAAGAUUUAACCGUACAAAUUGAUUAUGCUUGACAAUGUAUAUAGUACAUACAUAUUAAACAAUCGAUCGAGAUUCUAAAGUAUGUGUUUGGCUUUAUUUCCUGAUAUUAUUCUACACAGUACACAUUAUGCUCUUCAUUGGCAUUGAAUUACUUCUCGGUCAAUAAUUCCAUUGAAGUAUCAAUUUUUACCCCAUAUUAUUAUUGAUCAUCAAUUCAUCAUUAAA